CUGCAAGCAACGUCGUUUCUACUCGGACGUAGUCGUUGAAAAACGGAAACGCCACGAUGAGUAUAAAUGAGAAAAAAGAAAAAAAUGCAACUACUUAUUGCUCUCCCCCGUGGAAUUUUUCGUGGGUGGUACAAGAAGAGAUAUGUGCCUGUGCCUGGCCGGAGUCCGAAGCAAAUAUCGCUUUCCUCAGGAAUAAGGGAGUCCGAGUGCUCGUGAGCCUUUGCGUGGAGAGGCGGCCCCACAGGUCGGCGAACAGGCAUAUGGAGUGUCACGUAAUAGACGUGGAAGAGUUUGAAGACCCUUCAGUGGAGCAAAUGAAGGAAUUCAUUUCUAUCUGCGAGAAGGCUCGAGUUGAAAAUAAGGUUGUGUGUGUUCACUGCAGAAUGGGUCGCGGACGAACAGGUGUUAUGCUGGCUUGUUACCUCGUUAAGUUCUACCAGCAGGAGCCUAGCCAAGCCAUAUGCAACGUGCGGUUGAUGCGCCCUGGCAGCGUAGAGACGUGGGAGCAAGAACGCGCAGUUAAAAACUAUCGCGAUUACAUGGGUUGAAGACAAGUUCAAUGACACUAGCAGAUGCUGCGAGAGGCACCGGCACGUUAUCAGCCUCUUUUUGCUAGUGAAUGUAAGCUGGGAUUGUAAUGCAACCUAAACCAUCGUUAGAGGUGUAUUUGUGCAUGUUUGUGAGUUUUUGUAUGCGUGUGUGUGUUUAUCUCUAUGUUUAUU